AUGGAGAGAGACCAGAGUGAGACCAGAGACCAGAGUGAGACCGAGGAGCAGGAGAGUCGUCCAGUCAUUACACAGCCAAAGAGCUCUGCCCUCCUCGGUCACAGACACUCGGUCCACUCGGUCUCGUUCUGUUCCUCCUCCCUCCUGUGCUCGGGAUCCCGUUGUGGUGAGGUGAGACUGUGGUCGUUGCCCAGUGCUUCCUGUGUGGGCUGUUUCCAGGCUCACUGCGGCUCCACACACGCUCUCCGCUUCAUCGACGGCGGCAGGAGGCUGCUGAGCGCGGGCGCCGACCACACGCUCCAGCUCUGGUCUGCAGGACUGGGCCGCUCCGUCAGGACCCUGAGGCCUGAGCAGGUCCCCUUUGAGCCCCCUCAGAAGAGGAGGAGAGCGCCCCCUGCUGACCCUGCUCUGUCUGUGUCCAUCUGUGGAAACACUGCAGCUGUCGGAACAUCAGGACACAUCACACUGUACAGCCUGGACUCAGGAGAAACCCUCUGGACGUCUGAGGACUUUCCCUUCUCUGCCCACUGUCUGCUCUGGGUCUCUGAGGACCAGGAUCAGGACCAAGACCAGGACCAGAAACAAGACCAGGACCAGGAUCAGGAACAGGACCAGGAACAGGACCAGGAACAGGACCAGGACCAGGAACAGGACCAGGAACAGGACCAGGAUCAAAACCAGAUGGAGGUUCAGAGUGAGAACCAGGGUGAGGAACAGGGUGAGGACCAGAGUGAGGACCAGAGUGAGAACCCGAAAGAGGACCAGACCCAGCCUCAGUCCAAGCCCUUGGUGCAGCUGCUGGUCUCUGGAGCGCAGGACCGGCGUGUGAGAGUCUGGAGACAACGGGAUGAAGAAGAAGGACCUACGGGAGGCCUGGAGGUGGCGGCCAUUUUGGAUUUCCACCAGGGUCCGGUUCUGGCUUUGGCAAAAAAUAACACUUACCUGGCAACCGCUUCAGAUGACGGCAGCGUGGCCUUGUGGCUCCUCUCUGACCUCCUCCUCUCUGCACCUCCUCACUCUGCACCUCCUCACUCUGCACCUCCUCACUCUGCACCUCCUCACUCUGUGCUCCGAGCUCACAGUCGAGGAGUCUCCUGCCUCAGCUUCAGCCCAAAGGGAGACCAGCUGCUGUCCGGAGGGAAAGACCAGGCCUUGAUAUUAUGGGAUGUGGGCGAGACUCCGGUUCUGUCCAAGUCUCUUCUUCACUGUCACAGAGACUGGAUCACGGGCGUGGCCUGGACCCAGGACUGCGUGGUGAGUGCACGUCACAUGUCUGUCGUUACUGGAUGA